GGGGUAGCUCCCAGCAGCUGUUGCAUGUGUGCGAUCGUGUGAGGGGAGGGGGGUAGCUCCCAGCAGCUGUUGCAUGUGUGCGAUCGUGUGAGGGGAGGGGGGUAGCUCCCAGCAGCUGUUGCAUGUGUGCGAUCGUGUGAGGGGAGGGGGGUAGCUCCCAGCAGCUGUUGCAUGUGUGUGCUUUAACAUAUCUAACGGAAGCCCACCCCCUUACCUGUGUGCACCGGAGCUGUGGCUGGGCAAGGCGGUGCAGCCUGGGCGCUAGCUCCAGGGGAGACAGACCUUCCUUGUCACAGCCUGCCCAGCUGGGAGCAGCAGCAUCGCCUCGCCCCAGAGCCCGGCCGAAGUAAUCACUGGCGGUUUAAAUGCCACCGCAGCCCCUGCUGCCUGGUGCUCCCCGUGAUGCAGCUGCAGCGGCGGCCAAUCCCCCGCCUGUCUCUGCCCGCCCCGGCUUCAGCCUCCGUCUCCCCCCGGCCGGGGGCUCGUGAGCCCGGCCGCGGGGCCUCGGGGCAAUGAAGCAGCUGGGGCAGAGGGGAACCCACCGUGCCAAGGGGUGAGGCCGGGGGAGGGGGCCCCCCCGCGCGCACACACCCCCCCCCACCCACGGGCGCGCGCGCGGCGGGAGCGCCAGCGCUUGCACUAGCGAUCCUCGGAGCCAGGAGGGGUCUGAGAGUCUCCCCGCUGGAGCGGCAGAUUCCGGUGACAGAUGGAUCGCUCGCUCGCUCUCUAGCUCUCUAUAUUUUUGUUUUCAAGAUGUUUGAUCUGAAGUUCUGAAGCAUCUCGGCGGGGACCCAGGAGAGGGGGAGGAGGAGCAACCCAGGGAGCUCAGCAACGGAAGAGGCAGCUCCUCCGAGAUACCUCGGGGUCGUGGGGGAAGGCGGGGAAGGUGUGGGGAGGUGUUGUUCCUGAGCCUCCAAGAAGAUUUGUUUUUGUUUUGUUUUAAAGAGAAGCACAGAUUUCCACUCGCCCCCCUUUUUCACCAAUUGGGAGCGGCAGGAAGGAGUGGAUUUUGCCCCCUGCUGCUCUCCAUCCCGGGGUUGGCACGGAGGGGAACGAAAAAUGUUGGUGACGGCACCGGAUAGAACUGAGGUGCCUGUGCCCUCCUAUCGCUAACCACCAAGGGAGCGUCGCCUCUCAUCCCCUCCCUUUGCUCUUCGGAGGCUUGUUUUCCUUUUUGCCAGGAGGGGGAGGGGGGGUGCCGCAUCCGAACAUGCUGCUUCUGGGCUUGUGGGCAGCUGCCCUGCUCUGCGUGUUCUCCCCUGGCAUGGUGCGUGGCGACUGCUGGCUGAUCGAGGGGGACAAGGGUUACGUGUGGCUGGCCAUCUGCAGCCAGAAUCAGCCUCCCUACGAGACCAUCCCCCAGCAUAUCAACAGCACAGUGCAUGACCUGCGCCUGAAUGAGAACAAGCUCAAGGUGGUGCUAUACUCCUCCCUCAACCGCUUCAGCAACCUCACCGACCUGAACCUGACCAAGAAUGAGAUCUCCUACAUUGAGGACGGGGCCUUCAUGGGCCAGGCCAACCUGCAGGUCCUGCAGCUGGGCUACAACAAGCUCACCAACCUGACGGAGGGCAUGCUACGCGGCAUGGCCCGGCUGCAGUUCCUCUUCGUGCAGCACAACCUGAUCGAGGUGGUCACACCCACCGCCUUCUCUGAGUGCCCCAGCCUGAUCAGCAUCGACCUGUCCUCCAACCGGCUGAGCAGGCUGGAGGGGAACACCUUCACCAGCCUGAGCAACCUGAUGGUGUGUGAGCUAGCUGGCAACCCCUUCAACUGUGACUGUAGCCUCUACAGCUUCCUCACCUGGCUGGUGGUCUUCAAUAACGUCACCAAGAACUAUGACCGGCUGCAGUGUGAGACCCCCCGAGAGUUCGCCGGCUACCCCCUCCUGAUGCCUCGACCCCACCACAACCGCAACGCCAUCACCAUCUUCCAGUCCAUGUGCCGGGGAGGCACCAUCCCAUCCCUCUCAAGGAUCAACCCCACCCCCUACACGCCCGACUCCCAGAGAGACAUGGAUGAGAACUCGGGGUUCAAUCCUGGGGACUUCCUCUCCGUCGAGCCCCCGGCCUCCUCCACCACCGACUCCUCAUUCAACCCCAGCAUCAAGCUGCACCACGUAACCAUCACCUCAGCCACCUUGGUGGUGACGAUCCCCUCACCCUUCAGCAAGAUGUACGUGCUGGUCCAGUACAACAACAGCUACGUUUCUGAUGUCACGACCCUGAAGAACAAGAAGGAGUUUGUCACCCUUAGCAAGCUGAAGGCCCACACGGACUACACCUUCUGUGUGGCCUCCAUCCGCAACUCCAAGCGCUACAACCACACCUGCCUGUCCUUCGCCACCAGGAGCAAGGGGAGGGAGGACCCAGUGCCCAAUACCUCCACCACCACUCAUUACAUUAUGACCAUCCUGGGCUGCCUCUUCGGGAUGGUCAUCGUCCUAGGGGUGGUGUACUACUGCCUGAGGAAGCGAAGGAUGCAGGAAGAGAAGCAGAAGUCUCUCAAUGUCAAGAAGACCAUCCUGGAGAUGCGCUACGGCUCAGAUAUAGACACCAGCUCCAUUGUCCACACUUCGCAAAAGCUGGGUGAGCCGCCCGUCAUUCCUGUCUCGCGGAUAUCCUCCAUCCCUUCCAUGAUCGGGGAGAAGCUGCCCCCGUCCAAGUCAAUGGAGGCUGGGAUGGAGACCCCCAAAGUUACCACCAAGGGCAACUACAUUGAGGUGCGGACGGGCGGUGGGGAUGCACUGGAGAGAGCCCAACGGGACGAUGAUCUGCGUGAGCUCGACAAUGGCCAAGGCUCGGCAGCUGAGAUCUCCACCAUCGCCAAGGAGGUGGACAAAGUCAACCAGAUCAUCAACAAUUGCAUCGACGCCCUCAAGUUGGACACGGCCUCCUUCCUGGGAGGAGGGAGCGGUGUCGACUCGGACAUGGCAUUUGAGUGCCAGUCCAUCCCUGCCGGCUCCUCGGGUGGGCUGGAGCGGCCCGGCUUCCUGUCGCCACCCUACAAGGAGAGCUCCCACCACCCCCUGCAGCGCCAGCUAAGCGCGGAUGCGGCUGUGGCCAGGAAGACCUGCAGCGUCUCAUCCAGCGGCUCCAUCAAGAGUGCCAAGGUCUUCAGCCUUGAUGUGCCUGACCACCCACCAAUGAGCAAGUCAGAUUCCAAGUACAUCGAGAAAGGCAGCCCACUCAACAGCCCCCUGGAUCGUCUUCCCCUGGUGUCCCCGGGUGCCAUCCACCACCUGGAGGUCAAACCUUCCUACCAUUGCAGCGAGCACCGACAUUCCUUCCCGGCCCUGUACUAUGAGGAGAGCGCCGACACCCUGAGCCAGCGGGUGUCAUUCCUUAAGCCUCUCUCCCGCUCCAAGCGGGACUCCACGUACUCCCAGCUCUCCCCCAGACACUACUUCUCGGGCUACUCCUCCAGCCCCGAGUACUCGUCCGAGAGCACCCACAAGAUCUGGGAGCGCUUCCGGCCUUACAAGAAGCACCAUCGGGAGGAGGUUUACAUGGCGGCCGGCCACGCCCUACGGAAGAAAGUCCAGUUCGCCAAGGAUGAGGAUCUGCACGACAUCCUGGAUUACUGGAAAGGAGUCUCCGCUCAGCAGAAGUUGUGACUCUCUGUUUAAAAGGAAAGGAAAAAAACCCAACAACCACCAACAAAAGAACCACUUGACUGUGAACAAAAACUGAACAGGCCUCUCCCCACAUGACAAAAACGAACCGUUUCUUACAAAGUUUACAAAAAAAAAAAAGCAAACAAAAAACAAA